CUUGCUGAGGGCUCGGCCGCGAGCGAGAGAACCAACGGAGGAGCGUAGAGACCAGGCGAAGGUAGGAGCUGAGUGGCCCGGGCGGGCAAGCGAGCGAGGGCCAGCAGUGGCGACGCGAGACGGCUGGGCACGCGCAGCUCAGCCUGCUGUCCACGCUCCGGGCCGCGCGUUGCGCCAGGUGUAGCUCCACUUUGCUGCAACGAUGGGGUCUGAGGACCACAGUGCCCAGAACCCCAGCUGCAAAAUCAUGACCUUCCGCCCCACCAUGGAUGAAUUCAGGGACUUCAACAGAUAUGUGGCCUACAUUGAGUCGCAGGGUGCCCACCGUGCCGGCCUGGCCAAGAUCAUCCCACCCAAGGAGUGGAAGCCACGGCAGACAUAUGAUGACAUUGAUGACGUGGUCAUCCCAGCACCUAUCCAACAGGUGGUGACAGGCCAGUCGGGGCUUUUCACGCAGUACAACAUCCAGAAGAAGGCCAUGACUGUGGGGGAGUACCGCCGCCUAGCCAACAGUGAGAAGUACUGUACCCCACGCCAUCAGGACUUCGAUGACCUGGAACGCAAGUACUGGAAGAACCUGACCUUUGUCUCACCCAUCUAUGGGGCUGACAUCAGUGGCUCCCUGUAUGACGAUGACGUGGCCCAGUGGAACAUCGGCAAUCUGAGGACCAUCCUAGACAUGGUGGAGCGCGAAUGCGGGACCAUCAUUGAGGGUGUGAACACACCCUACUUGUACUUUGGCAUGUGGAAAACCACGUUUGCCUGGCACACAGAGGACAUGGACCUCUACAGCAUCAACUACCUGCACUUUGGCGAGCCCAAGUCCUGGUACGCCAUACCACCAGAGCACGGCAAGCGCCUGGAGCGCCUGGCCAUAGGCUUCUUCCCUGGGAGCUCACAAGGCUGCGAUGCCUUCCUAAGGCACAAGAUGACGCUCAUCUCGCCCAUCAUCCUGAAGAAGUAUGGCAUCCCCUUCAGCCGGAUUACACAGGAAGCUGGGGAGUUCAUGAUCACAUUCCCCUAUGGUUACCAUGCGGGCUUCAACCAUGGCUUUAACUGCGCUGAGUCCACUAACUUCGCCACGCUGCGCUGGAUCGACUAUGGCAAAGUGGCCACACAGUGUACAUGUCGAAAGGACAUGGUCAAGAUCUCCAUGGAUGUGUUUGUACGCAUACUGCAGCCCGAACGCUAUGAGCAGUGGAAGCAAGGGCGCGACCUCACAGUGCUGGACCACACGAGGCCCACGGCCCUGAGCAGUCCCGAGCUCAGCUCCUGGAGUGCCUCACGAACUUCACUCAAGGCCAAGCUCCUGCGAAGGUCACACCGGAGACGGAGCCAGCCCAAGAAGUCCAAACCUGAAGACUCCAGGUCUCCAGGGGAAGCCACGGCUGGGGUAGCUGGUCUGGACGAGGCCAGGGGCUGUUCCCGGAGGGAGACCAUGCCUGAGGAGGAGGAGGAGGAGGAGCUGUCACCUUCACAGGGCCAUGAGGCCGAGGGCGUGGAAGAGGAUGGCAGAGGCAAGCCUCGGCCAACUAAGGCCAGGAGCAAGAAGAAGACUCCCGGCCUACUGUCACCCCCAUUGCUGUCUGCCCCACCAGCCCUAUUCCCCGCCGAGGAGGUCCUGAGGCUUCCACCCCGACCUAAGUCUCCAGGGCCAGCCAUGGGCCCCAUGGCUGCAGAGGGGGGUCCUCCACCAACAGCCCUCAAUGUCGUGCCUCCUGGGGUGCCAGGUGAGGAAACAGAGGUGCGGCCACGGCCCAUUAUCCCAAUGCUGUACGUGUUGCCCCGUGCCAACAGCUCUGAUGGGGACAGGGAGCAUGCUGCCCAUCCACAGUUGGCACCCAUGGAGCUGGGGCCAGAAGAGGAAGACCAGGCCCAGGCUGGUGAUUCACAGGUCCCAGGACUCACAAAGUUCUGUUUCAGGAACAACCCCUUCUCUAAGCUGAAGGUGGAGAUCAAAAGAGUCGGCGUCACCCUUGGUCGGCCACCCACACGGUCCCCGCUAUCUGUGGUCAAGCAGGAGGCCUCGAGUGAUGAAGAGGCCUUCCCAUUCUCAGGAGAGGAUGAUGGCAGUGACCCUGAGGCCUUGAGGUCCCUGCUGUCCCUGCAGUGGAAGAGCAAGGCAGCCAGCUUCCAAGCUGAGAGGAAGCUGAAUGCGGCAGCCGCCCUCAGCGAGCCCUACUGUGCCGUCUGUACCCUCUUCUACCCCUUCAGCCAGUCAGUACAGACAGAGCGGGAGGCCCUGGCCACUCCGGGGGACAGUGCUGUCCAGCCGCCCUCCAAAAGUGGCCAGAGGACACGGCCACUGAUCCCUGAGAUGUGCUUCACUUCAAGUGGGGAGAACACAGAACCACUGCCUGCCAACUCCUACGUCGGUGAGGACGGCACCAGUCCACUCAUCUCCUGUGCCCACUGCUGUCUGCAGGUCCAUGCCAGUUGCUAUGGUGUCCGGCCUGAGCUGGCCAAAGAGGGCUGGACAUGUUCCCGGUGUGCGGCCCACGCCUGGACUGCGGAAUGCUGUUUGUGCAACCUUCGGGGAGGAGCACUACAGAGGACCACAGAGCACAGGUGGAUUCAUGUGAUCUGCGCCAUUGCAGUCCCCGAGGUACGAUUCCUCAAUGUGAUCGAACGCAACCCAGUGGACGUCAGUGCCAUCCCUGAGCAGCGAUGGAAACUGAAAUGUGUGUACUGCCGCAAGCGUAUGAAGAGGGUGUCGGGUGCCUGCAUCCAGUGCUCCUACGAGCACUGCUCCACAUCCUUCCAUGUGACCUGCGCACAUGCUGCUGGCGUCCUCAUGGAGCCAGAUGACUGGCCCUAUGUAGUGUCUAUCACCUGCCUCAAGCACAGGGCCAGUGGAGCAGGGGGCCAGCUGUUGCGCACGGUGUCCCUGGGCCAGAUCGUCAUCACCAAGAAUCGCAAUGGGCUCUACUACCGCUGCCGUGUCAUUGGCACCACUGCUCAGACAUUCUAUGAGGUCAACUUCGAUGAUGGCUCCUACAGCGACAACCUGUAUCCAGAGAGCAUCACAAGCAGAGACUGCCUGCGGCUAGGGCCGCCUCCUGAGGGCGAGCUGGUGGAGCUGCGGUGGACAGACGGUAAUCUGUACAGAGCCAGGUUCAUCUCCAUGGCCACCAGCCUCAUCUACCAGGUAGAGUUUGAGGAUGGAUCUCAGCUGACUGUAAAGCGUGCGGACAUCUUCACACUUGAAGAGGAAUUGCCCAAGAGGGUACGGUCCCGGCUGUCACUGAGCACCGGCACACCACAGGAGCCCAGCUUCUCCGGAGAUGGCGUGAAGGCCGCCAAGCGCCCACGGGUGGCCACCGUGCUGGCCACCACCACUGAGGACACAGGGCGCAGCCCAGAAUACCUGGCCUUCAUGGAGAGCCUGCUGCAGGCGCAGGGCCAGCCUGGAGCACCCUUCUAGAUACUGCCCACUCCUGUCCCACUGUAGGUAACUGGGUAACAGGACCCGCAGGAUCCAACUUGGCCAGACUCAGGGAGCGAGACCGGCAUCCCUGGACUACAGUGACUCCACGGGAUCUGGCCUGGCUCUGCUCUUCUCCUAAAGGUGCUAAGGAGCGUCCCAGAGUCUCCUGUGACAGAUGCUAGCCAAGGACACUGGGGCACAGCCCCAACCUGUUUUCUAGAUUUGUGGCUUUAAAAAUUGACAACAGGCACAUUCUUUUUCCUCUCCACCAAGAUGCGAGGAGAUAAAAGUUUCAUCUGUGUUUGACACCUGAGGAUGUUUGUCUACUGAGCAGGUGGGAAGGCACUUUUGUACAGGUGUCCCCUGGAGGGGGCAGCAGCCCAGUGUGCAGUGACCUGUGUGAUGGCCGCUUGUGAUGCUCCCUGCUUCCUGCUCGGGGAGGUGGGCCCUGCAGGAGUGGGCCCUGCCCUGCCUCCUCCAUGCCCUGCCCUGUGCAGAGUAUGCCUCACUCUGCCUUUGCUGCCUGGGCUCCCAUGAGCCUUCACCUUUGGACUAGGGCCUCUGUGUGGCUGAGGGCAGGAGAAAGCAGAUUCCACCUUCACUUGAAGCCCUGAUCGAGUGACACAGGGCACAGACUUCACAGGCCCUGUCCGCACUAGCCGCCACUACCCAUGGGUUGGCUAUGGGUUCUGUCUCUUUAGAAGCCACUGCCACCAUAGGGCCUCAGGCCCCAGGAGAGACAGCUGACCUUAAAUGACAAAGGACUGGACAGAGGGACCUGGCCCUGUGGACCUGCUGGGGACUUAGGGACAGGGCCUCUGCUGAGUGCCCAAUGGCUGCCAUGCCCAUGUGUACAUUGAAAUUCUAUUUAUAUUGUAAAGAGAAUAAAAAAGGACCCAACCUGGGCCUGGAAGGAGAGGCCAAACCACAGGAGUCUCAGGCUGUGCCCCUUGUGGGCUCUGCAGUGGCUGCAGGUGGCCCUGCUUGUGCCCCCACCCCCCACCCUCCAGAGAGGCCCUGAUUUUUGUGCAAAAACAAAAGCUCACUCCCCGCCAGAUGAAGGACUCCAUAUUUUUGCCUCAUUCUCUGGCCUCUGGUUCAGUAUCAAUUAAAGCCCUUGAGCUGAGCGCUUCCUAUUCCCACCUGGUCAUGGCUGUGUUGUCAUUUCGUGCCAGGACAAGAUGGGCUCAGGAUGGAGGUGUCCUUGGCAGGCAUAAUGGGUACAGUGUGUCCUGGUCUGGGUGUAGGGGCCGCCAGGAGGUGGGACACCAUCCUCAAGACAUCUAGUAUCUCCACAGUGACAUGGAGCUGAGGCAGUGUGUCCCUCCUGGAUGUCUGUGCUCUCUGACUCUCCUGCCUGCUUCCUACACUGUGGGGCCACAGAGGAGCAAAGGCCCUGGGAUUGGGCAGAUCAUGGCCUGGUGAAGCAGAGGGAGGAGUGGAGGAAGGGUGGCCCUGCCUGGUGGACCAAAGGGUAGACUUGGAUUUGACUUGGAGGGAGGAGGAGGAGGGUAGAAGCUACCAAAGGCUCUGGGCAGAAGAGGGGGGGCCUCCCUGGUGCUUUCAGCAGGAGCUCAGCAGCAGACAGCCCCGGUGCCGCAGGGGCCUUGGUUUCUCUUUGAAACUGUCCCAUAUGACUCUAGGAAGGAAAGGGAAGGUGGCCCUGCCAGUGAUAGGGCCUGGGCCCUAUGGGAGUGAAGUGAUGUCCUAGGAGGGGACAUCUAACUAGCUGUCACCUCGCCUGGUACAUCGGGCCAAGCUCACAUGUACAGCCCCCAGUCUUGGGCCAAAUCUAGCCCUGGACCUGUUUGUUAAUAAAGUUUUCCUUGCA